AUGUGUCGCACGCACGCUCCCGGGAAGGGCGUGUCCCAGUCGGCGCUGCCGUAUCGCUGCAGCGUCCCGACCUGGCAGAAGCUCACGUCCGACGACGUGAAGGAGCAGAUCUACAAGCUGGCCGAGAAGGGCCUGACGCCGUCCCAGAUCGGUGUCAUCCUGAGAGACUCCCAUGGGGUCGCCCAAGUGCGCUUUGUGACGGGCAAUAAAAUCCUCAGAAUCCUUAAGUCUAAAGGACUUGCCCCUGAUCUUCCUGAGGAUCUCCACCAUCUAAUUAAGAAAGCUGUUGCUGUCCAGAAGCAUCUUGAGAGGAACAGGAAGGAUAAGGAUGCUAAAUUCCAUCUGAUUCUCAUUGAGAGUCGUAUUCACCGUUUGACCCGCUACUACAAGACCAAACAAGUCCUCCCCCUCAAUUGGAAAUAUGAAUCAUCAACAGCCUCUGCUUUGGUCACAUAA